CCUAACUCCGGGUGCAGUGAAGUCCAAGACGUGCAAGUUGACUCACCCCCGCCACCUCUGCACGCUCGCAGUGCGCCCCCCCGGUGCGCCCCGCCGUUCCCGCGCGCGCCAUCCCAGAUGGGACCUGCAGCCGCAGGGCCCAGCUCGUGCCUCCCAGCUCUGCCGCCCGCUCCCGGGCUUCGCUGGGCCGGGAGCGCCGUCCGACUGCCGGAACGAGCCUUUCCGGCGGAGGAGGCAGUGCGUUCAUUUGGGCGCGCCCUGGGAAGGAAGGUGCCUCCCGGCGCGCAUCGAGAGCGGGGCGGGGAGGGGCCGGGCUUUGCCCGCGGCCCAGGAGAGCGGCGUUGGGACCGCGGGAGGGCGCCUGCCCCCUCAGGGUCUGGGAUUCCGGGACCCCUGGCUCCGUUGAAUGUCCGGGACGGAAGGGGCCUGGUCGACCCCGUCCGCCACCCUCCCCCGCCCCUUAGCACAGACCGGGGAAAUGGACGCCUGGAGAGCGGAAAUCCAGUUAUCAAAGUUGACUCCAGAAGAGAGAACUUAACAGACCUAACAAUGGAAGAAAUUGAGAAAGUUAUCAAAAAGCUACCAUCCCCCAAAACACCAGUGCCAGAUGGUGUUUCAGCAUGGUCUGGUACGGCCACUCUUUGUCCCAGGGCAGCCUCCCAAAGUCAUUGCCAUCUGUGGUAUGACAGCAGGAACAUGAACUCUGGAGGCAGACUUCAUUUCAAGAUGCCAGCUCCACCAGUUACUAACUACCUUGGAUGAAGAUGAGUAUUGGUUUUUCCAUUUGUAAAACUGGGAAAGUAAUGUUUAUGGAGUUGUUUUGAGAAUUAAAUAUGUGAAAAUUGCACUCAGUAUAUACCUGCAGGCCUUCCUUGACCCUGUUCUCCCACCCUCCACCUCACAAAGUAUAUGCUCACUGUCCCUUACCUAUGUUCCCAUAGUAUAUAUUUAUCAUAGAAGAUAUUACACUGUGGAGUGAUUGUAUACCUUGGCAGAGCCUUCUGUUAGAUUGCAAGUUCCUUGUCUUUGAAUCUCUAGCACUUAGCAGAGGACCUAGUUUACAGUAGAUACUAAGUAAGUGUUAGUGAACAGAAUGACUGAAUGUAUGGCUUGCUAUUUUAUUUCUCAUGAGAGGACUUUGUUUCAGAAGGUUAAUAGCAUGUACCAUUAUGUAGUGUAGGCAUUACAUAUGAACCAAUCCAGUGGUUCUCAUAUUUUUUGGUCUCAGGACCGCUUUACACUUAAAAAAUUUUUGUGGACCCCAAAGAGCCUUUAUUUGUAUGGAUUAAUAUUCAGGGUCUUAGAAAUAAAAACUAAAUUGUAAAAUAUUUAUUAAUUCACUUAAACAAUGAUAAACCCAUUACAUGUUAAUAUAAUCACAUUUUCAUGAAAAAUAAUUAUUUCCCCCCUAAAAAAUUAAUAAGUAUGUUUUACAGUUUUGUAAGUCUGUUUAAUGUCUGACUUAAAAGGUUGGUGGUGGAGUCUCAUAUCUACCUCUGCAUUUGUUCUGUUGUGAUAAAUUGUUUUAGUUGAAAUAUAUGCAGAAAAUCCAGCCUCACGUGGAUAUGUAGUUGGAAAGGGGAGGACCUCCUGGGCUGCCGAAAGGGCCUCAGGGCCCUCCAAAAAAAUACUUGAAGAAACAGUGAUCUAGUUUAAAAGGAAAAAAUGUAAUAGAGUCCAGGAAUUGGAGGAAGGAUUAGGGGAAAUUUUCAUAUGUUUAGCACUGUAUAUUAAAGGUUUACCUAUUAUCGUUUUAUUA